AUGUCGACGUGGGAAAGAAGUGCUGAAGCAUGCCGCAAUGCGCCAGAUAUGAUGCUUACUUGCUUGUCGUACCCUAUCUAUCAGACACUGGAUUUGGGAAGAUGUGGCAUGAUGGGAUCCACCGGUAUAGAAAUGAGAAAAUCGCAGAUCACUCGAAUUCAAUUAGCAAACAACAGCAGCAUCACUGAUAUCAUGGAUCGAAGAUCAGUCAGUUGA